AAGUUUCAGGUGGACGGAAAUCGCUCGAGACCAUUGCUACCACAUGCGAUUGGAUGCCGAGGAAAAUGCCCGCAGUGCGCUGGCCGAGCCGAUACAUUACAUGGCCUACACAUUCGGCGGGUGCUUGAGCAAAGAAUUCAACCAGAAAUAUCAUAGCUACUACGCAGCGUUCAUCCCACUCGACCACGGCUACAGGUGGGCCUUCUUGGCCAGGAUCUUGCCGAGUGCGCAGUGCUGCUCACGUAGUGAAACGCCAUGGACCACGCAGGUCAUUAUCUGUUCGAACACUGGGUCCCAUGGGAGCGACUUGUCCGCCAUGGUCUCAAGCUGCUUCUGGAUCUUGCCCACAUACUCGUGCUGCUUGAUCAGAAACACCCUGCGCUUGAUGGUGGCCUCGAUAAGCAGCUGCUGGUCAUACUUCAAUGCUCUCGCUUUGCGGUUGAGCCCGUUGAUCUCCCGCAGCUGCCGAUGUGGUAGGCGCACGGCUUGCCCCAGCAUGCUCCUCAGCCUGCUGCCUCAGAUCCGCCACGACCGAACCGCACUGGAGCAAUGUCGCGCAUGACACGCAUAUUCUCCUGGUACAGGUUCUUCUCUCUGUCCUCCAUUGAUGCAAUGUUGUCCCUCAGCUCCUGCAGCUGCUGAAUGAUUGCUGCAAAUUUUGCCGGCUCUGGCUCGCUGCCGGCUGACUCGCCUGCAGCUACUGAUGAGAGCAGUGUUCGCCAUCGAGUUGAUAGUCGGUUUUUUUUU